AUGGAGAGGCCGGAAGGAUAUCCACAAGUAGAUGAUAUUGCUACAUAUACAGAGCCAUCGAGCACGAGCACUUCAUUUUCGGGCACCAAGAAUGAUAUGUCACAGCUCGAAAGCGGCCUACUUCGAAGAAAUGUUAGCGACUUAGGCGACAGUUACUACAGAUUCCAAUCCCAAGUUGGAAAGUCUGUUGAUCCAAAGUUGUUGGCGUUGGUAGAGUUUUUCAGGGAACUUUAUUUUCGAAGGCUGGAACUGUUCAAGAAAAUAUUUCCGGGGAUUCAAGAUAAGUUUCUUGAGGUGCCAAAGAAAUUGCAUGUGAUAUUAGCUCAAGUGAAACCGGAUGAAACCAAACUAGCUCGAACUAUGCAACGGAGUCUGAGCGUUGGUUCACCGCGGGAUUUCAAAGGAGGGGAAUCGAAACUUAGGCUCGAGCGAUUCAAGGUGAGGACUAUUGAUACAGGCGAUGGUGUUGAACAAGGUGGCCUGCAGGGUAGUAAACCGGCCAAAUGA